CAACUGUGGCUGUAGAACAAGUUCGUGAUAAACAGUGAGAAACGAGGGGAUAUAAAAUAAUGGGGGUAACGUUGAUCCCCGUCCUGCUGGUGAGUCUUGCCGUGGCGACAGCCAGCGGCCACGCGAUGGCCAAAAGAAGCGCCGCCGGAAGUGGACCCGCAGCUUUCGACUACCCCGAUUAUCCGGCGGCGAAAUACGACGAGUAUCCGGUUGUCGUGCCGAAGAGGGCGGCUCUGCUGCUGGACAGGUUGAUGGUCGCGUUGCAGAAGGCCGUGGAAGAACAAGGCUCAGGAGGAUCGAGCGGCAGAUCGAUCUCUAGAUCGGCGCCGCAGCAGCAGCUGGUAAACUCGCAGAUCGUCCCUGCAGUAUCGGCGGACGAACAAACGAUGGAUCUCCAGCGUCGAGGACAGGCGAAGGGUCGUGUCUAUUGGCGGUGUUACUUCAACGCUGUGACAUGUUUCAAGAGAAAGUGAUGACGACCGACGAACGCAAGCAUCCAACAAUAAAUUAUCCAUUCUAUACGACUUCCUCUACUAACUAUACCGAAAAUAAAAGAAGACGAAAAAAAAAAAAAAAAAAA